AUGAAUAUUUCUACACUUACAAAAAAGAUUUCUGAUGAAGAAAAAGCAAUAAAAUAUCUUCAAGAGCAUAAUCUACUUCCAACAGUAAGAAAAUGUGAAAAUGGUCAUUUUAUGAAGCUCAAUUUUACGAAUCCAAUAAGAUGGCGUUGUAAUUUAAGAAGUUGCCGCAAAGAAAGUGGAAUAAGGGUGAAUUCAUGGUUUGAUGGAACCAAAUUGCCAUUACAAAAGGCAAUUUCAUUCAUUUAUUAUUGGGCCCACAAACAAUCGUCUGUGGAAGAUAUGAAGAGAGAAUUGGGGCUGAAUAAAAACACUGUUGUUGCUUGGAACAGUUAUUUGAGGGAAGUCUGUCUUUAUUUGGAGAAAAAGGAGGAAAAUAAAAUAGGAGGAAAAGGGUUAACAGUUGAAGUGGAUGAAACCCUCUUUUCGCGAAGAAAAUAUAAUUGUGGCAGAAUCCUACCGCAGCAAUGGUGUUUUGGUGGAAUUUGCAGAGAAACAAAGGAGUGUUUUGUGGAGCCAGUUGCAAAUAGAGCUUCUGAAACUCUAAUGGAAGUUUUGAAAAGAAGAGUGGCUCCAGAAACACUCAUUAUUUCUGAUAUGUGGAGAGGCUAUUCUCAAGUAAGUGAUUCUGGGUAUGAGCAUUUGAAGGUGAAUCACAAAUAUAACUUUGUGGACCCACUAACAAAUGCUCAUACCCAAAACAUUGAAAGAGUUUGGAGAUCCGUGAAAGAAAGGUCCAAAAGACAAUGUGGAACACGGAGAAGCAUGUUAGAAGGCUACAUGUAUGAAUUUACAUGGCGGCAAAAAAAUAAAAAAAAAGAAUUUGAGUCCAUUUUGAGGGACAUUCGCUUUUAUUAUGAAUUUUUAAGUGAAAAAUAA